AUGCUAAAUCAUACUAAUCUCAUACUCGCCCUCAAUACUGUGCAGCAUGCGAUGAACUCAUGUACACCUCUAGCCAUAUACUGGCUACCUUUGAUACCCAUAGCCCUAUUUCUGAUUUCUCGUAACUACCAUAAGUGUGCGGAAACUCACCCCAAAGGAUGUCGCAAGUUAGGUCUACCACAUAACAAGACCAACCUUCAUGAUGAAUUCGACCCAAAAUAUAGUAAAGGCGUACCAGAAAACCACACCGACAAGCAAGGCCUCGCAUCCUGGCGCAUAAAAGCACUUUUCGCAUAUCCUAUCAAAAGCUGCGCCGGCGUCGAAUUAGACGUUGCCAAAGUCGUCCCGACCGGGUUUGCACAUGAUCGGCAAUUCUGCUUUGCCGAGUAUAUCACCCCAAAAUCCAGUGGUGCAGGAGACGAACCAUCUCAGCAGCCGCACUGGACAGCAAGGACCCUCCGCGAUGGCGAGCUCUGCAAAUUGGCUCUCAUCAGACCGGAGAUCUGGGUCCCGGAUCCCACAGCCAACGAUUACUCGACUGAGCUGGAGGAAGUGAAAUCCCACGGCGUCAUGAUAAUUCAUUACCCCCGAGUCCCAGGGACCGGUAUCCGUUCGCUCCCAGCCAAACUGGGCAUGGCAUUAGGCCUCAUCUCAAAGGACCUCUUCUUCCGAGUCCCCCUCUCUCCCCCGGAAGAUACAAAGUCCAUCUACCCCUCGACCCCAGUAAAGAUCUGGAAAGACUUCCCCCUAGCCUACGACUAUGCCCUCCAUCUCCCACCCUCGCUGCACCACUUCCUCAACCCAGCCGGCACCCGCGGCCCUCUAACCCUAUUCAGGGUAAACCCAGCCCACCACAGAGAAAUCUUCCGGAACGCACCCCCGAAAGAACAACUGGGCUUCCAAGCCGUCACUGGCUUCGCGGACGCAUACCCCCUCCACCUCCUCAACAUAGCCAGCGUGCAAGACGUCGCGGGCAAAUGCAAAUCUGACACCCCCAAACUAACCAUCCGCCGCUUCCGGGCGAAUAUCAUCGUCCAGGGUCCGGCGGCUUAUGAAGAAGAUCACUGGAAGCGGGUACGGAUUUGUUCCUCCCGUUCUGGGGCUGAAAAGGGGGGUGUGGAGGUGCAUACUGUUUGUCGGACGAUUCGGUGUCGCUUGCCGAAUGUUGAUCCGGAUACGGGGGUGAGGCAUCCCGUUGAGCCGGAUCGGACGUUGAAGAAAUGGAGGAGGGUUGAUCGUGGUGAUUUGACGAAUGCUGCGUUGGGGAUGCAGGCUGUUCCUGCUGUUCCUGAGUUUAGGGUUUGGGUUGGGGAUGAGGUUGAGAUUCUUGAGACGGGGGAGCAUUGUUACAUUAAGAUGUUGAAGCCUGGGGAGGAGGUGGAAGGGGUUUAGAUCUGUAAUUUUUGUAAGAUCGAAUAUUGGUAUUUAGCUUGGCGCGGGCUAAUUGUGAGUAUGAACUUUUAAUAACAUCUAGCAGAGAUAUCAUCGAGUUAAGUUAUUAGUAAAGUUGUAGAAAUACU